AUGGUGUUGUUCCAUGUCGCUUUGGUCUUGACUGAUGCGACGCCGCGCAAAGCAGCGGAGCGAGCCACGGAAAAUGAUGACGCCGACCCGAAGAUUAACCCAUUCACGAAGACGCCCUACUCGCAGCGGUACUACGAUAUCCUCGAGAAGCGGCGGCAGCUACCAGCAUGGGGUGCGCGCAAAAACUUCGUCAAGCUUCUCAGGCGGAACCAGGUGCUGAUCCUGGCGGGAGACACGGGUUCCGGGAAGACCACCCAAAUUGCGCAGUUCGUGGUUGACGCCAACCUUAACGACGGGCUGCAAGUGGCGGUCACGCAGCCGCGUAGGGUGGCGGCCAUGUCAGUCGCCGCACGCGUCGCAAACGAAAUGGAUGUAAAGCUAGGGGAAACUGUGGGGUACUGCAUCAGGUUCGAGGACCGCACGUCGAAGAACACCGUUAUCAAGUUCAUGACGGACGGAAUGCUCCUGCGGGAGGCCAUAAAUGACCCGAUGUUGUCCAGCUACGGCGUCAUCAUUCUCGACGAAGCGCAUGAACGUACCAUCGCAACCGAUGUCCUGUUCGGCCUCAUUAAGGAGGUGGCCGCCAGCCGCGAAAACCUCAAGAUCGUCGUUAUGAGUGCCACCAUGGAUGGCGACAAGUUCCAGGCGUACUUCAACGGCGCCGACAUGCUGACCAUACCGGGACGCACGUUUCCGGUGGACAUAUACUACACGGCCGAGACGCAAAGGGAUUACCUGGACGCUGUGUACACGGCCGUCAUCACCAUCCACAGGGAUGAACCCGACGGAGACAUCCUGGUGUUCCUGACCGGUGAAGACGAAAUACGCAAGCUCGAAGAUCGUUUUCAUCCUGUGACUAAUAUGUAUAAAAAGAAGCUGUGUGUCGUGCCCCUGUACGGCAGCAUGGAGCCGGCCGAGCAGGCGAAGGUAUUCGAGCCGGUGGAGGGGCGCAAGUGCGUCCUGGCCACCAACAUCGCCGAAACGAGUCUCACAAUCGAAGGCAUAGUCUACGUCGUAGACACGGGCUACGCGAAGCAGAACGUCUACAACCCGCGCGCCCGCGUAGAGUCGCUGCUGGUGGCACCCAUCUCGCAGGCAUCCGCCACCCAACGCGCCGGUCGUGCCGGAAGGACCAGACCCGGCAAGUGCUUCCGGCUAUACACGGAAGCCACCUAUAACGAGCUCAUCCCGCAGACAUUCCCAGAGAUCCUGCGCUCGAACAUUGCCACCGUGGUGCUGAACCUGAAGAAGCUGGGUAUCGACGACCUGGUACACUUCGAUUUCAUGGACCCGCCUGCACCAGAGACCAUGAUGCGGGCACUCGAGGAGCUGAACUACCUCGGAGCUCUGGACGACGAUGGGGAGCUGACCCCCACGGGCGACCUCAUGGGCGAGUUCCCGCUGGACCCACAAAUGUCCAAGGUGAUUGUCUCCUCGCCGAAGUUCAACUGCACCCGUGAUGUAGUGGCGGUAUGCGCGAUGCUCUCCGUGCCCAAUCUUAUGACCAAGCGCAGGGACAAGUACGAUCGUUUCAAUAAGUACGCGAGCUCUCUGGUGCAGAGGGUUACGCACGAUACGAGCGACCACAUCACGUUCCUGAGGAUUUUCAACACCUACCAGGCGAUGCUGCACAAAGCAAAAGAAAAGCUAAGUGAGUUCUUCUUACUCACACGCGUGAAUGCGAAAGCAAUGGAAGCGGCCACGCGCAUAUUCGAUCAGCUCAUGAACCUCGCACACAAACGCCUUAAGCAACCGGCGGCCACCGUCAGUAGCCAAGGCAAUACCGAGGACGAUGUGUUGAAGUGUCUCUGCACCGGGUUCUUCCAGCAGGUUGCCGUAAACCCUGUGGGCGAACUAAUCACCAUGAAGGACAACCAGGUCGUUCACCUGCACCCGUCCAGUGUUGUCACGCACGCGGAUUGGGCGAUAUUCCACCAGGUGGUGCACACGUCGCGCACGUACAUCCGAACGGUCAGCGAGGUGUACCCAUCGUGGCUGUUCGAGGCGUCCCUCGAAUACUUCAACCCGGCGGAAGUCCCGGACCGCCAUGUCAGGGAGCGCCUUAAGGCGGACCUCAGGUUCUACAAAGAGGAGCUGGACAACGCAAAGAAGAACAAGCGCCGUCGAUAA